AUGGCAUCUGCUCAACCUUUCAGCCACGAAUCUCUCAUCCGCUAUUGUUCUUCCAAUGUCUCCGACUUCCCUCCUUCCCCAACUCAUUUCAAUCUCUCUCAGUUUGGACAUGGACAGUCUAAUCCCACUUACUUGAUGGAAGUUGGUUCAAAUGGAUCUACUGUGAAGAAAUAUGUUCUUAGGAAAAAGCCUCCUGGGAAAUUGUUGGCUUCAGCUCAUGCUGUUGAAAGAGAGUUUCUGGUUCUCCAGGCUAUAGGCAAUAAUACCAAAGUUCCAGUUCCCAAAGUUUUAUGUUUGUGCAAUGAUCCAACUGUUAUUGGAACAGCAUUUUAUAUUAUGGAGUAUUUGGAAGGACGGAUAUUCUUUGAUCCCAAAUUACCCGGUCUGUCAGCAGGGAGUAGGAGGGCAAUUUAUCGCGAAACUGCCAAGACCUUAGCUUCAUUACAUUCUGUUAAUGUGGAUUCCAUUGGUCUUGGAAAUUAUGGGCGACGUAACGAUUAUUGCAAAAGACAGAUUGAGAGAUGGGGUCAGCAAUAUGUGUCUUCAACCAAUGAGGGAGCAACAGCAGGUUUGGUUCAUGGAGAUUUUCGCAUUGACAAUCUUGUGUUCCAUCCCACAGAGGAUCGAGUAAUCGGUGUACUUGACUGGGAACUAUCUACCCUUGGAAACCAAAUGUGUGAUGUUGCAUAUAUCUUAAUGUCUUAUAUUAAAGAUGUUGGGCCAGUAAAAGUACAGGAAGGUAUGGAGCGUUCUGGAUUACCAGCGGGAAUUCCAUCGCUACCAGAAUUUUUGGCUGAAUAUUGCUCUCUGGCAGGAAGAAAAUGGCCUGUUGCUGAAUGGAAGUUCUAUGUCGCCUUUUCUUUUUUCCGCGGGGCUUCAAUUUAUGCCGGAGUGUAUAAUAGAUGGGUUAAGGGCAAUGCAUCUGGUGGUGAGCGUGCUCGUCAUACAGAAGUACUUGCUAAUGGCCUUAUCGACGCUGCUUGGGAAUUUAUUGAACGUAAAUUUGUGCUUCCGGAGCGUCCUCCAUCAGGUGUAACUGCGAAAGAGUUAGUGAAGCACAAUGAUACGCAGGACCUCCCAAAUGAAGGGAGGUUUGCUCUUAGGCAAGAGGUUAUAGUGCUGAGGAACAAAAUAGUUAAGUUCAUCGAGGAACACGUAUACCCUCUUGAAGAGGAAUUCGCUAAACUUGCUCAUUCAGAAGCACGUUGGACUAUUCAUCCAGCGGAGGAAAAGUUGAAGGAGUUAGCAAAGAAAGAAGGCUUGUGGAACUUAUGGAUUCCUGUUGAUAGUGCUGCGAGGGCGAAAAAAAUUCUAUUUGAUGGGAGCAUUAAUAACCUUUCUACUGAUUCAAAUGACUUGUUGUUGGGUGCUGGCUUAACAAAUCUCGAAUAUGGAUACUUGUGUGAGUUCAUGGGCCGUUCUGUUUGGGCUCCACAAAUAUUUAACUGUGGUGCGCCAGACACAGGUAAUAUGGAGGUUUUAUUGCGCAAUGGAAAUAAAGAACAGAUGCUAAAGUGGCUUAUUCCUUUGCUUGAGGGGAAGAUUAGGUCUGGAUUUGCUAUGACAGAACCACAAAUUGCAUCUUCUGAUGCAACCAAUAUUGAGUGUUCCAUAAAAAGGCAAGGAGAUUCAUAUAUUAUAAAUGGGACUAAAUGGUGGACUAGUGGUGCUAUGGAUCCAAGAUGCAAAAUUCUCAUACUCAUGGGGAAAACCGACUUCAAUGCGCCGAGGCAUAAACAACAAUCGAUGAUCUUAGUGGAUCCUCAGACUCCUGGUGUUCACAUAAAGAGAGCUUUGACAGUGUUUGGCUUUGAUGACGCGCCUCAUGGACAUGCAGAAAUAGUAUUUGAGAAUGUUCGUGUGCCUGCUACAAAUAUCUUAAUGGGCGAAGGACGUGGAUUCGAGAUCGCUCAAGCUAGGCUAGGUCCUGGAAGACUGCACCAUUGUAUGAGACUGAUAGGCGCUGCUGAGCGAGGCAUGCAACUGAUGGCUCACAGAGCUCUUAGUAGGAAAGCUUUUGGGAAAAUGAUUGCUCAACACGGCUCAUUUAUUUCAGAUUUGGCCAAGUGUCGAGUCGAACUAGAGAAGACUAGAUUACUUGUGUUGGAAGCCGCAGACCAGCUUGAUCGAUAUGGAAACAAAAAAGCUCGAGGCAUAAUCGCAAUGGCUAAGGUAGCUGCACCACAAAUGGGAUUAAUGGUACUUGACAUGGCGAUCCAGGUGCAUGGAGCGGCUGGUGUAUCGUCUGACACUGUUCUAUCACAUCUGUGGGCAACCGCGAGGACAUUGAGAAUCGCUGACGGUCCGGACGAAGUUCACUUGGGUACCAUCGGCAAGCUAGAAUUAGAAAUACAAAGAGCCAAGCUUUGA